CGGGAGGGCGGUGCGGCCCCAGCCCGGCCCGUCCCUGCUCACACGCGGCGGYGGCACCGGGAGCGGCGGCGGCACCGGGACGGGGAAGGACCAAAGGCGGGCAUGGAGCGUCCCCCGCCGCCCUCCUGAGCGGGGCCAGCGGCGCUGAACCCCUGGCACCGAGCCCCGGCACCGAGCCCCCGGCUCGGCAUCCUCGGGUGAUGGAGAACCUCACGACUCCUCCAGCCUGGACCAGAGUCCUCAACAGCUCCUCGGAGCCGGGUGGCACCGAUGAUAACCCCUACAAGUGCGUCUUCGACGAGGACUUCAARUACGUGCUGCUGCCCGUGUCCUACGGCAUCGUGUGCAUACUGGGGCUGUUCCUCAACCUGCUGGCCCUCUAUGGCUUCAUCUUCAGGAUCAAGACCUGGAACGCCUCCACCACCUACAUGUUCAACCUGGCCAUAUCGGACACRCUCUACGUGGUGUCACUGCCCCUGCUGGUCUACUACUACGCCAUGGGGGACAACUGGCCCUUCAGCACGGGGCUGUGCAAGAUCGUCCGCUUCCUGUUCUACACCAACCUCUACUGCAGCAUCCUCUUCCUGCUCUGCAUCAGCGUGCAUCGCUUCCUGGGCAUCUGCUUCCCGCUCAAGUCGCUGCAGUGGGGCCACGUGCGCCACGCCCGCCGCGUGUCACUCGCCGUCUGGGCGGUGACGGUGGCGUGCCAGUCGCCCGUGCUCUUCUUCGUCACCACCAGCGUCAAGGGCGACACUGUCACCUGCCACGACACRUCCAGCAAGGAGCUCUUCGGCCAGUUUGUCAUUUACAGCUCGGUGAUGCUGGUGCUGCUCUUCUGCAUCCCCUUCCUCAUCAUCAUCGUCUGCUACUGCCUGAUGGCCCGGCGGCUGCUGCAGCCCACCCGCGGCAUCUCCCGCCUGUCCCGCUCCAAGAAGAAGUCGGUCAAGAUGAUCAUCAUCGUCCUGGUGGUCUUCAUCGUUUGUUUCCUCCCCUUCCACGUCACUCGCACCUUAUACUACUCCUUCCGCAGCUGGGACCUGAGCUGCCGGACCCUCAACGCCAUCAAUUUGGCCUACAAGGUGACUCGCCCCCUCGCCAGCACCAAUAGCUGCUUGGAUCCCGUUCUGUACUUCCUGGCAGGGCAACGAUUCAUGAAGUUCACGGGCAACAAAAUGCUGGGGAAGCCUCAGAACGAGGUAGCCCUGGGCAUCGUUCCCAACAGCCACCUGGGGACCAGCAGCGACACRGACACGCUCUCCAAGGGUCUGAAAUGCUAGCUCUGCUGCAGCAGGAGGGUCUGUGCCCACUGUGGGGGGAGCUCAGGAURUUCUGGGGCCUGAGGGUGUUCGGGCUCACACCCAGUCCAGCGUGCUCUGUGUCUUUCUCAGGAAGAUGCAGCUGUGGUUGCACACAYGAGCCCUGGUCUCUGGCUCUGCACCCCAGCCUGCCCCUCUGCUCAGUGCUGAGGAUCUGCUGGAAAAACAAAAAUCAUGCCCUGAACGCCUUGAAUCGUUUUCCAACGCAAAAACACCGYGUGCAAAAGGUCCCCAGAAAGUAUUCCGUCUGCAGCCAGCCUGGCACGGGAGGAACUGGAGUUUCUCUGUGCCCUGGAGAGGCAGGAAAGGCUCUGGGUGGAUGAGCAGAGUCAGCUGCAGCUCUGCUGAGUWGCUCGGUGGAAAUGUCAAGGACAAACAUCGCCCACAGCAGGACAGGGUCUCCUACAGCUCUGCAGCCCUGCAGAAACGCUCUCCCUGCUUCAAGGGAUGGGAUUCCCUGAUCCAAGGGCUGCCUUCCCGUUAACCAGGGUGAUGGCUGUUCRUCCCUCGAGUGCACUGGUGCCAUCACGCAGGUCCCCACUGCAGGUUUGUCCAGUGAGGYCAGCAUCUUCCAAAAAACCCAUUAGUGCUUCCCAACAGCAGCAGUCACCCUUUAAAAGCUUUUAGGAACCUACAGCUUCCAGCUGCUGGCUUUAAUAAUAAUCUCCAGCUCAUUAAAAUUUAAGGUGAGCUCUUCACAUCCUGUUUUUAGCCCCCUUCCUGGUGACUGCUGUUUCCAGCCCAGCAGCAAAGGCUGGUGUUCAUCCCCUUGGCCACAUCCCCACUGCCGUCCCUCAGUGGUGACAGAAUUUGCCAGCACUAAACSCUGGGCUGAGGAGCCGUAAGUGGUGCUGAGCUUAACCCCAUCCUGCCUGGAUUUGGAAAAAAAUACCCACAGAACACUUCACCAGAAGGUGCCCUUGGUGUUYCUGUCUGUGACUGUUGGGUUGGAGAGCCCAGAGCCCAGGCCCGUGGUUUCCUUGUCAUGAGGAUUCUGAUUCCUCCCCAAAAAAUGAAAAAAGAGCUGCUGCUCUGGAUGGGUCAUACUUCGCAAAAGCUCUGUUUCAGGGCUAGGCAAACAUAACUGAUGUUUGCUUAGACCAAGUCCUCAGACCACUCCUUAGUUUCUCCCACCCUUCCUUCUUGUGAAGUGGUUUGGUGGAGACGAMGCCACACCGCGAUGUCCCCGGUUGUGUUCGGUCAUGGGUGACUGGGAGGUUCCUGUGUCCCACCCCAUGGAGAGCUCUUGUCCCAGCCAACAAUGUCACAGCCACAGGAGGAGAAGGAGGGCAGCUGGGCAAAGACAAAUAGGGUUUGUGGGGUGUUCAUCGCACCCUGAAGUGCAUUUGGGAUARGAUUGGGUUAAGGCAGGACCUGCAGCAGGGCAGCACCUCCAUUUCUUUGUUCUUGUGAAGGCAGCUCGGUCUGUGGUGAGGCCGUGGCGUAGCCACUGGGGCGAGACAAAUAACUGGGAGGAAUGAACUCAGCCUGGCACUGAGCUGGUACAAACGUCACUCCAGGCCAGGCCUGGCCCCGUGUCCUGCCCUUGCCAAAAAGCAGUGUGGACACAGCUACGUGCUCGGAAUAAUUCAACAAAAACUCACCCAGAGUUSCCUCCUGAGGUCCUGCUUGGAGAUGCCACCUUCCUCUGGCUGCCAGCGCCAUCAGGGCUGUCCCUCUGUGCUCCUGAACUCCAGGUCAUCCCACUGGCCARAUGCAGAGCAGCUGGAGAGGUCCCAGCUGGAAAUCCAGCUCUAGACUUUUUUGUUUUGUUUGUAAAAGCACUAACUUAUACUAGAAAGAAAAAAAAUSGUGAGUUUUAUGACAGUGACUGUACGUUUUUAUUUUUGUAACAUGCAAACACCUCGGAUUUCUGAUAGUAAAGGAGUUUAUUUCUACUAAGAGCACUUCUCUGCCGCCUCCUCUGAUAUGCACAGAGAUGGAUACUGGGGGUGGAAGCUGAAUGUCAUGGACAUAUUUUAAGCUCCAGGUACAGCUGUCCACWCCUCUGGGAAUCUUGAUCUCCAUCUAGUUCAGUGAAUUUGAUCUCAACUCUAAAUUCAGAGAUUUCAGUCCUGGCAAAACCCAGGUGCAGAGGCAGCUCUGUGGUCAUGGCAGAGCUUACAGGGGCCAAAACCCCUUGGAGCAUGGCAAACUCAACAGCCAACCUCUAUGGUUGUGUUUCCACAGAGCUGGCAGCUUCCCCUAAGCUGCUCAUGUUGAAGAUUGGAAGAAAUUGUUAGAUUAAGUAAUUAAUUAUGAAAUUUCAAAAUAAUUUAUCUCCCAUCMCAUAGACUUUUUUGGUGUUUGGUUCUCCCACGAAGCCACCAAACCAAGCUAUUGGAAACCCCAUGUUCUCAGUGGUUCCUCACCUUCCCCUGCAAGCACCAGGAGAAGGUUUCCUGAGCCUGACCACACUCCCCAUAAAAAAAAAAUAGGUUUGGUUUCCAUUUAUUUUUCGUUUGGUUUGCRAUUUAUCUCGGUCCCCAGCCUGGCUUUUGCUGGGCCAGUGAGAUGAGGCUCAGGACACACAUCCAUGAGGGUGUUCAUUCCCAGCUGUGGUCAGGUCCUGCAGUCUGCUCAGCAAUAAUCUGAGCAGCUCAAAGAGGAACUUCAAGGGAUUUGGAUGAUGUCUGCAAAUAUAAUUUUACGGAAACCCACUGUUCUGUGCAUCCCUGGAAGUGUUGGAAGGAGAAAGCAAAUCCCCUGCACCAGGGCAGAGAGCUUUGCUCUGCUUUCUCCUCUCAAGAACUUUGCAGCCCUUAGAGCUGCCAAAACACAAAGUUUCCAAAGCUUAAAACCACAGAAAUAGCAGUGAGCCCAGAAUUGUUAACUGAACCAUCCCAGAGGACCCUCUGAAAAACCUCUCUUGAUUUCCAGCUCAGGUUUUGGGGUCGAUGCCUGGGGAAUGAGGGCUUGCACGGGAAGAGUUUUAACUUGUGGGAUUCSCAGCAUCAUCCCCAAAUCAUUCCUGCAAUGGCUCUGCGCAGUUCUGAGUCACACAAACCCAAGAAUGAGAAUUGAGAAAGAAAAACAUCCAUUGACCCAAGAAUGAGAAUUCAGAAAGAAAAACCUCCAUUGACGGGGAGCACAGAGGCCGUGCAGAGAAAGGAGCAGACAAAACCACCCAGCGGUCAUGAACCACCUCUGAACCCUCAGCUCAGGGGCAGGAAGCGAAAGUGGAGAGCACUGAUGGGCUCCUGCCAAGGAAACGAAUCCUCCACGUGGGCUGGGGGGAUGCACGCUGCUGCUGGACCUUCCCAGCAUCCCAGUGAGAGCUUUUCCUUCCUGCCCGUGCCUUUCGAGGAAGCAGACCCUUCAUGGGACAGURGCAGGCGAGGGCCACGGUGUUACUGCAAACACUCAGUGCAUCCACUUCUUUUUCAAGUCCCAGCUCCACUUUUGCUCUGGUUUUCCUUCUCAGGGUUUGAUCUGCCAAGGAACAUUCCUGUCUGCCCCUCCAAGUCCCUUCUGAUCUGCUUGGCCAGUGUGACAUAGGGAAAAAGGCACUGCACUGCUGAGCUCCUGUGAAUUUCAUGGGAGAGAAUGAGCCAAAGGAGUUGUCACCCACAGCUCAAAAUUUGUUUUACACCCUGGAGAAACCUCCCCCAKUUCCCCCUGCCAGAGCCUGCGGUGGCUCGGGGCAGUGUCCCUCUCACUGGGUGAGGGGAGGUGACAGCCCAAAGCCACCUGGCUGUCAGACCAAAAUUCUGACACAGGGGACAUUCCCAAACCCCACAAAACAGUAUCACUGCAAAUCCCCCAAAAUAGCAGCAGUUUCUCAUGGAAAAACCAAACCAGUGGGUGUCUGAAGCGACACACCGAUCUCCCAGCCUUGUGAGGGGUUUAUUUGAAGACUUCCACAGCUCCAAUACCAAUAUUUGCAGGCUCUGACAAAUAAAUGCUCAGGAAAGGCUGAACAUUUUAAAUACCAUUAAAAAAAAAAAAAGAAGAAA